CUGAAGUCUCGCCUAAGCGAGGCAGGCGUGGCUCGAUAGAAAAGUUGUUAGAGAGAAGUAGCUUCCCGUUCGAAAUGGGUUCUUCUGGCUUUUGAGCGGGUGGAUGCCGGCGGAAAGUGGUUCGGGAGUGAUGUGGGAUGUCAGAAAGCUUAAGGUCAACCGGCGUGCACGGAGGUUGUGAACUGUAAUUGCCCUUAAUGCUGUUUAAGAUUAACCUCAAUGGUUAUCGGCGUUUGUUGCAUCAGCACCAGAGGAGAAGGAAUUCAUGAGAAGAAGCAAAACCGAGAGGUCAGCCGUCAGCAGCCGAGCGGAAAGACUCCGAGAAGUCGUUCGGGAAUACGCAUAACUAACAGAAGUGCACGGCUAGGAAUCGUGUGCCGAAGCGAAAACAUCGGCAGAGGAGAUGGGUAGAUUUGGUGAGGAUGAAAAGAGCCGCUGAGAAAAGAACAAACAAAGCAUAGUGACGGGAGCAGACUUGAUUGAAUCUACCUGAAGCCGAAGCAAAAUGAUGGUCCAACACACCGGCCAGGUGUCUGCAUUAGAAGUCAGCGCCUCCGCAAUUGUUCCCACUUUGUCCCCCGCAGGGUCACUGGGGUUUGAUGAUUUCACAAAUUUAACCCCACUGGUGAAAGAGGAACUUAGAUUCGCCAUCCAAAACAAACGUCAGUCCCACAGGAUGUCUUCUACUUUGGAUACAGUGACAGUGUCCGAAAGGCCGAUGGAAACAUCGAUCAUGAAAACAGAGUUUUCUCCUGAAGAGGAUGAAAGAAAAAAGCGAAGAAGGGAAAGGAACAAAAUUGCUGCUGCAAAGUGCCGAAACAAAAAGAAGGAAAAAACAGAAUGUUUGCAGAAAGAAUCAGAAAAGCUGGAAACUAUCAAUGCGGAAUUAAAAGCCCAGAUUGAAGAGCUAAAGAAUGAGAAGCAGCAUUUGAUAUACAUGCUAAAUCUUCACAGGCCCACCUGUAUAGUUCGGGCACAAAAUGGAAGGACACCUGAAGAUGAAAGGAAUCUUUUUAUUCAACAGAUCAAAGAAGGAACAUUACAAGGUUAAGUGAUAUGGCGAAUGUGGAAGUAUUUAUAGUAUGUUUUAACAGCAACAGAAUCCACAGAGGAUCUGACUUAUGUGUAGGAUUCUAUUAGUAAAGAGCGUUUAGGAAGGGCAGAUCGCUUUCUUAAGCAGAAAGAAUCAUUUUUGGCUUGUCAGAGAUUCUUCCCCUCGGAAGAUACGGUCUCGGUCAAACUGAAGAGCCUUCUGCCUCAUAAUAGGUUUUGCACCUGUCAUACAUGCUGUUCCUAGGAGCUACAGACAACAGCUUCAGAAGAUUUAGCUCUCUGCUAGUAUACAGUAUCUGCACUCACGACGUUUGUGCUAGAACACUAUGACUUCGAUGAUGCACAUGGUACAUACAGCUGUGCUGGAUGGACACUAUUUUUCCUUGUGGCUGUCAGGGAAAGCAGACAGAGUAUUUUUAAAGUUUUGUAGUUUCCAGGAGGAUGGUUUCUGGCAGAAUGUACUGAUACAUAAUUUUGCAUUCUAACCUAACACACACCAACACACAAAAAGCCUUUAGUUCCAAUUAAGCUUUGUAACUUUUUCACAACACUUGUGUGGAGUUUUUUUUUUCUAUGACUCAUCUCAGAGACUGAAUUUGACAAGUCCUAGUAUGUGUGACAAAGAAAGGUUUCUUGCAAAAUAUCCAUGUAGCUAAGUUGGUAUUUUAGGAGCUGGAACCCCACCUAUUAUCCUUUGGGAAGUACAGUGUUUCCUUGCAUUCAGAAGAGCAUUUUGUACCAUCACUUGGCAACUGGGUGAAUUGGACCCACUGGAAAGAAGGAAGUAACUAUGAAGGGAUUUUGAUACGGUUUUGUCCAAGCAAAGAACUGCAGGACUGAAUCCCAGGUUCAUGAAUCAUGACAAGAUUUUGUGUGUUUUUUUUUAAACAUCUGGGAUCUAAUCCUACAAGCCUUAACCCUCAGCGACAGAAGAGGUUCCGUGGCCUGUAGUGAUCUGGUUGUACAGAUGGCUGUCAGGAGUAAGAUGUAGACAAAGCUUUUUCCAUCCUUGUCAGGACUGCUUCCUUUUGCCUGAUGAUUCGGAGGGGAAAAUUAUGAUUGCAGCUACUUUUAUUUUAUGUUUGGGUGGUAACUACAGUCAAUCGAAAGUGUUACUUAGAGUCUGAAGGAGACAAGAGUUCUGAUGUAGUGAAUAAAUGUUCUUAUUUUUUAAUGAAAUACUAACCUUAGACAUUUCUGAACUGGUAGAAGAGCUGCUGGACAAUACAGUUGGAGCUACGAGUGUUUAAAUUCUGAUGUUUCUGUGAAAUUCUCAGAUUGUUUAAUCCUACAAAAUAUAUCCUUACAAUUUUUUGUAAAAGAAAAUAUCCUUAUUUAUCACUAAUAUCAUAACGAGUAAAGUUAAUAAAUACUGCAAGCAAGAUAAAACUGAAAACACAA